UAGCAGCCGAAACUUCGAUUUCUAAAUUUUGGUUCGUAAUCGGAGACCACUAGACUUGUUGUGCAGAUAGAUUCUAUUGGAGAAGUAAAAGCCGAUUUCGCGGCACUGAGUUAGCAUAUCGAAUCUCGUUUCCACCGGGAAGAUUUCCCGGCACACUGUAGUAGUUCUGACUUGGAUUUUGUGUGGCUAUGCCUUCGGUUGCUUCUAAACAGUAUCCAGACGAUGUUAGCCUACUAGUUUUGUUGCUUGAUACAAAUCCCUUUUUCUGGAGCACUACUUCGAUCACGUUCUCUCAAUUCCUUUCUCAUGUGCUUGCGUUUCUGAAUGCGGUUUUGGGGUUAAAUCAAUUGAACCAAGUUGUUGUUAUAGCUACUGGGUACAGUUCCUGUGAGUACAUUUAUGAUUCCUCUUUGACAUCGAAUCAUGGGAGUUUCGAGAGAGACAGAACUGGGAUGCCUCCUCUUUUUGCUUCUUUGCUGAACAAAUUGGAAGACUUUGUUACCAAAGAUGAGGAGCUCAGCAGGGAGGAGGGAAAUGAGGAUAGAACACCUUCUUGUCUCUUAUCAGGAUCACUCUCCAUGGCUCUUUGCUAUAUACAGAGGGUCUUCCGUUCUGGACAUCUUCAUCCCCAGCCCCGGAUUUUAUGCUUGCAAGGUUCCCCAGAUGGCCCGGAACAAUAUGUAGCUGUUAUGAACUCUAUCUUCUCUGCCCAGCGCUUAAUGGUUCCCAUAGAUUCAUGUUACAUAGGUGUACAGAACUCAGCAUUUUUGCAGCAGGCAUCUUAUAUAACAGGCGGUGUACAUCACACACCUAAACAGUUGGAUGGGCUGUUUCAGUAUCUAACGACAAUCUUUGCAACUGAUUUGCACUCCCGCGGUUUUGUACAACUUCCUAAACCCAUAGGUGUUGAUUUUCGAGCAUCGUGUUUUUGCCACAAGAAGACAAUCGAUAUGGGCUACAUAUGCUCAGUGUGUCUAUCCAUUUUCUGUGAGCAUCACAAGAAAUGUUCAACGUGCGGGUCUGUUUUUGGUCAGUCUAAACUUGAUGAAUCUUCAUCUGUUUCUGAUAAGAAGAAAAAAGCUUCUCAGACCUAAAUUCAUCUUUUGUGCCCAACAGAAACUUCAAAUUUUUGUUCAAUAAUUUGUUGUUGUGUUUAGAAUCUAUGUGAACAAAUAUCAAACUGAAAAUCAAUCAAACUACCAUUUUGAUCAUACAACUUUUAAA